AUGGGGCAACUCAACAGCAAGUACGAUACCGUUGACUACCAUGAUGGCUCGGUCCAGCCAUUGUCAGUACCACCCCUGAAGAUGGACGUGGACUGUUCGCGACCGAUUGUCCCGCCGCAGUCCCGCCAAAGUGUAAAGCGCCAGUUCGACCUUAUGGAAGGCUGGACGACUCUAGACGCGGAAUAUGGUAUCUUCUUCGCCACUAGAAAGCGGAGAUUAGCAGAGCUGUCAACCCAGCGCGCGGAUGCGAUACCAACGAUUUCAGUCAAGGGUACUGCUGCGGACGAAGCCACAGCCAGUGAGUCUGUAAGGCUCGGUGAUGUAUCCUUUGCCCCAAAGAGACGUCGCUUGAUUUUGGCCCCGUGUGCCGUCAAAAUCGCGAAUGAGGCCUUCCAGCAUCCUUCGAUACAAGAAGAAGAAGCGUGUCCAGACAAAAAGGUCAAGCUGGACCUUCUGUGUCCAGCUCUCGCAGAUUCUACCACGGCAACAAGCGAUGUAGAUACUCAAGAGCAGGAACCCUCUAUGAAAGAGCAGGAAUUCGACACGCCUGCAACUCUUUCUAAAGCAUCCACAGCAUUUGAAGAGAUCUCUGAUGAUGAGGGCUAUUACACCGGCAGCACUAUGUCCCCCACUUCUACCACCGGAAUCGAAGCAGGAGCCGAUGAUGAGUUGCUGAAGACUCUUGCUCACUUUCAACGGAGAGUACCUGCUCUUGGCCUACCCGAUGAGUCAGAUCUAGAUCAGCAGGAAGACGGCAUUUCGGAGGCCCGGAUUCGUCUGCAGGAGCGUUCUGCUCAGCGUAGCAGGCACCUUCGCAAACAAGCGCAGAAUAGACGACACGAUCCUCCGCCUCCGACUCCUCCAGCGAGCACCUCAGAUCACGAGUUUAGUCCUGAUCCUGAGCCUGAAGUCCCUUCAACACUGAGUUCUUUUAGAGCCACACUUGACUCGAUAGGGGUCCGGCUCACUCCUCUUCCAGGGCAGUCACUCUUAAGCGAUACUGUACUUGGUGGCCUAGGCGACACCAAGAGUUAUUGUGGCACACUCAGUGAUAGUCAUCCGCAUAGCAAGGCUGAUACUUUGCCCGCAACUAAAGCGAGGAGCCCACAUCAUACCCAAGCGAGGACCAGCGAGUUACCUCUUGGCUAUGCACGGGCUUUUGCGAGGCCUCGAAGCCUGCAACGAACAAGCAAAUACCAGACAUACACUCAAAGUCGCCAACAAAAAUAUCAGAACGGGUUACAUCCAGCCUCACGGCAAGCGGCUGAACAAUGGCGAACCCAGGAUCGUCAUAGUGAGCAGACGACUGUUCGAGACACUUGCCGCCACUCAGCUGCAGCAGAACAGCGCCUUCUGGCUGUGCAGUACGGUCAAAGUAAGAUCGUCUUUGAGCCCAGCGAUAUGUCUGCUGAAUUAAACUACGAAAGGGUAUCUCCAGAGGCUGUUUCCAUACCCUUGAAUGAUGGUGACCGAUCCGGCCCACUGAACUUAGAGACCAAAUCAUCAAGCACACGCGACAAUCCAACCUCUACGCUAGAAGCCUUGCUGGGGAGACAGGAGGAGCAGGCACGGCGACAAAAGGAGAUUCCGCUUGGCGAACGAUUUGACAUUGACAUCUCCUCUCCCGAAGCUUAUCGGGCAGAAAGAAAGCGUCUUCAAGAGAUUCAGGCUGAUCUAAAACUGGUGCGGGAGACUUAUAUCGUAAUGGCUCAACUUCGCCACUUCCGCAAUUUUGAGGGCAUCGAACUCAAGUGGUGCGCCUCAGCCAGAACUUUCACCACGAAUGUCCUAGAAAACGGAACAAAAGGUGGCAAAGGUCUGGCGGUGGCUGCUAGAGAUGGGUUUAAACGCCGCUUGGAAACUGAGUAUGGGAACUUGGCGGCACCAGUUGAGAAUGUGAAGUUGCGCUAUGAGAAUCUCCUCGGUACAUCCUUCACACCGCGGCUUGAAGAGGUUUCACUCAAAGUCACAUCAUCUCUGGCUGGCCUUGAGACUGACCUCGAGGCUCAAAAGGAGAAAAACAAAAAGGCAAAGGAGGAACGGCGAGAAGAGCAGCGACGUGAGAGAGAGGAGAAACGCCGCGUACAGUUCGCCGAAGUCGUACAGGAAAUCGACGAGCAUGGCACGGCACGCAAUGUCAAUGGACCUGGCUCUGCGACUGCUCAAAAGAAGAAGAAGCCCAAGCCGAAAAAGGUCAGAAAGAAGACAAGCGAAGAGACGAUCUAUGACUUGAGACAGGAACUUGCAGCAAUAACGGGGCAGCUCGACGCACCAGAGAUUGCCGCUCAAGAUGAAUCCAACGCAGCGCAGCACGACUCGGAGUCGGACGUCAGUGAGGAGGACGCUGACGGGAAUGAUUUCCUCGUCGGCGGCUUCAAGGCGCCCUCAACAUCCGCAUUUAUGGCAGCGCCCACGAGCGAUGGCCACGGGCAGAACGGCGAGCUCGUUAUUGAGGACCACCAGGACAUGGAGGAAGUCACCGCUCUUGAAGAAGCCCGCCAGCGUGAAGUGGCUAGCCAGCCUCGUAUUAGUGGUCAGGUCUAUGAUGAAAAGCUCCUCUGCCAGAACAAAUUGGCGGCUAUUGAGCGUCAGGAGGUUGCUAACGCCACAGUGUUCGGCCCGCAGUUCGACGAUGUUGAAGACGAAGAGCCUAGCGACGCUGAGAUAGUAGAGGCUGGAGCAGAAUCUGGCAGCGAGGAUGAUGACGAUGACGAUGUUGGCGGCGGCGGCGGAGCUUUCCAGUAUAGCCUCUCCGGCAUCUUCCAUGGCCUUGAGGAUCUGUACGUCGCUGGAGAUGAGUAUAUCUUCGGCAAGUAUCUACAACGUAAGAACGCCGAGCAGAAGCUUCUGCACAUCAUCAGCCAAUUGAGCAGACGGUAUGCAACCCAGCAUUGUGGCGAGGGUGAACUCAGGAGCUACUUUGGCCCUGACGGUAUCCGCGGCCAGCAGCUUAUCCUCGGGGACCGCGGUGACUUCAUGGCCCAGAUGACCAUUGCAAAGAAACUCGUCAACAUAUCCAAGAAGCAAGCGUGGGCGGCACGCAAGAUGAACGUUGACAACAUCAAGACCACCUGGUACGUGGAGUGGGAGAAGCACGUUGAAACGACCAUCAAGAGACCCUCCAGCGAGAAGAUCAAAGACACCUCUGCUGCGGAUGGCGAUGGUGAUGAUGCUGAGGACGACCUUUUCGGCACCCCCCCACCCGAGGUCCCCACGGUCGAGUCGUCUACCAAGGUGGAGAAGCCCGCGAUGCACGAGAUCGAAAUGUUUAACAACGUCCUGCAGGCCAACAUCCGCGCCAAGCAGCUCUUCAUGGAGUGGUUCGCGCGUUUCGCGCCCGCCAGUGAGCGGCAAUCCCUGGCGUCCGGCGGCUACACGGGUCAGUUGCGCUUGCGGGAGGACGAGUUGCAGCGCGAGAUUGACGAGGCGAGCGAGGGCGUGGGUGUGGGACCUUGGGAGAAGGAGCUCAAGUGGCCGACGAGGGAGGUGGUGGAGGACGAUGAGCACGGCGCGGAGCGGUGGUUGUAUGAUGAGGCUGUUGGGGAGAGGAUGAGGGUGGUGGUUAGGGAGAUGAAGGUUAAGGGGCCUCGAAAUUGA